AUGGGUGUCAUCAGACAAAGCUUCGCGUAUGGCAUGAUUUUCUCAGCAGCCAUUUCCAUCGGUUAUGACUCAGGAUACCUCAAUGGAGUACUCGGAUCCGAGGACUUUAUCAGACUGUACGGCAUUAGUGAUGAUGGCGGGCUGAACAUGUACUUGUCGCCAACUACAAGAAGCAUCUUUUCGUCGAUCCUGAUUGUCGGCACGCUUAUCGGGUGUCUGGCAAAUACCUUUAUCACGUCACGGAUCGGUCGUAGAGGCAGCCUGCGGGUUGCGGCUGUAUUGUACACAAUCGGCGUCAGUAUGCAAGUAUCUGGCUCCGUGCAGGCAGUUUUCAUUGUCGGUCGCAUUCUGCUGGGGAUGGCAAUUGGCCUGAUUUCCAACACAGUUCCAUCCUAUCUUAUGGAAUGUUCAACGGCUGCGAAUCGAGGUCGCUUAAUGGCCUUUUAUCUGCAAUUUCUGACCACUGGAAAUGUCCUUGCUUGUGCUAUCAACUAUGGUACAACCAAGUACUCCGACAGCAGAAGUUGGCGUAUCACAAUUGGCUUUCAGCUCUUUUUAGCUGUAAUCAUUGGCGUCGGUGCAUUUGUUUGCCCCGAGUCGCCGUUGGUCUUGUCACAACGCGGUCAAAUCGAUGCAGCUCGAGCAUCAUAUGCAAUUCUCAAGAACCGUCCUCAAGAUUCGCACGAGGUCAAUGACUCGAUGCAAAAAUUAGAACAGCACCUUCAAGAAUCGGCUGCUCUUGGAGUUGUGAAUGUAGCAGAGUGUUUUCAGGGUUCCGAUCUUCGAAGAACCAUGAUCGGUCUAGCAAUGUCCUUUUUCACAAUUGCCACUGGUAUUACCUUUUGGUUCGGGUAUGGAACAACCUUUUUUCAAGCAGCCGGUGUUGAAAACUCUUACCUCAUCUCUCUGAUCCUGGCUCUUGUCAACUGUGUUUUUACCGCCCCAUCAAUCUACCUCAUUGAGCGAUUUGGGCGACGCAGGUCGUUGAUGUAUGGUGGAGCUAUCAUGGCACUGACUCAAAUUCUCACCGGCAUUAUUUACACCUUGGCUUCCAAGAGCGUCGCGAGCCAAAACAUGCUCGUAGCAGGUGCCGUAGUAUUCAUUGCGGCAUAUGCCCCAACAUGGGGAAUCGGCGGGUGGCUCCUCAUGGCUGAGCCUUUUUCCAAUCGCUUGCGAACUUAUCAGUCUGCCAUUGUUCUGGCGUUUUACUGGAUCAUCACUUGGCUCGUCGGAUUCAUCACACCCUAUCUGGUUGAUGCAACAGCUGCAAAUCUUGGUGUUUACGUCUCUUACAUCUGGUUGGGCACGGGAGUACUAUCACUUGUUUGGACACAUUUGUGUGUUCCAGAGCUGGCAGGACUUUCAGUCAAAGAGAUUGAUCAGCUCUUUGAACGGAAGGUGCCUGCGUGGCGAUCAAGAGCAUGGCAAAAGAAGCUCCGAGUCAUUAACUCGAUUGACAGUCCAAGUAUUGAUGAUGCUAGUGGAUUGAAAGGUAUUACCGUUGGGAAUGAGAAGAAGGUUUAA